CCUGAGCUGCUUGAAAGGCUCCGUAGGUUUUGGUUUAAGCACUUGAACUCCGAAGAAGCUUUCAUCUUGCCGCAGAAGAAUCAGUUGGGACGCUGGUUCUUCUCUGAUGCGGACUUUGAUGAAGCCUGCGUGAGAAAGUUUCGCCCCGCCCUUGAAGCUAUUAAAUCAGCGCGAGCGACGGCAAAGGAUAUCAUUGCCAUCGUAAGGCCCAUCACGCCACUUCAAUGGUUGAGCCUCGUGCUGCUCCUGGACCAGAUUCCGCGUAACUGCUAUCGUGGUGCAGAAUCCUCCGUUGUCUUCAAAGUCUUCGACCCGAUCGCUCUUGAAAUCGCCAAUCAUGCCCUCAAAGCUGGUGCAGCAACGCAUUCCCGUACCAAGUAUCGGGUGGCUUACCGCAUGUGGUUCUACCUCCCACUGAUGCACUCGGAAGAUCUUGCCCUACACGACUUGGCGGUUGAGCAUUAUCAAGAGAUGAAGCAAGACUUUGAAGAGCUCAUGGCUGCUGACGGAGCAGCUGGUGAUGACGAUCAGAGGAAAUGCUGGGGAGUGCUCGCAGUCCAGAAAGAAACGGCGAGGGACUUGUUGGAAACUAACUAUGACUUUGAGAUAAAGCACCGUGAUAUUAUUGCCCAAUUUGGGAGAUACCCUCAUCGCAAUUACGUAAUGCACCGCGAGUCAACUCCGGAAGAAGAGAAGUACUUGAGAACUGGCGGGGAGACGUUUAGCGGUGGAAGAUAG